CCGCCGCGAGCGAUGCUUACGAUCCAUAGCUCCGAUCGUUGGCUCCAGUCGCAAGCUCCGCAUUGGCCACUCGUCAUCAAGCGGCCACUAUUCACAUGGCUCUUCUGGACAUUGCGCCAAACUUCCUCCCAUAACAUUCCGAGGUAGCGCUUCUUUCAUUUUCGUAAUGGCGAUGCGCUCGCCCUUAUCACACGCUGUGAAGCGUACAACGUACAAAUCACCCGCCACCCCGGUCUUGUCACCGUGUACCCAGCGCUGGAAGAGAAGCAAUGCGACGGUUGCUCCCCCACCCGUUACGCAGAGCUCCGCCGGCUCAAAAGGCCCCACUGCCAUGGUAUUCAUGAACAUGGGCGGACCUUCGACGACCGACGAAGUUCAUGGCUUCCUCAGCAAUUUGUUUUCUGAUGCCGACUUGAUACCCCUGGGCCGUCUACAGAACUACAUUGGCCCCUACAUCGCACGAAGACGUACACCCAAGAUUCAAAAACAAUACGCCGAAAUUGGUGGUGGCUCGCCCAUCCGGAAGUGGUCUGAGUACCAGGCCGCUGAGAUGUGCAAGAUCCUGGACCAAACCUCGCCAGAGACCGCACCGCAUAAGCCAUACGUCGCAUUCCGAUAUGCCAACCCUCUGACAGAAGAAAUGUACAACCGAUUACUCGCAGACGGUUUCGGGGGUGGCAAGGGUGGGCGCGCUGUCGCGUUUACGCAAUACCCGCAAUAUUCGUGCUCGACGACGGGCUCAUCGCUCAAUGAGCUAUGGAAGUGGCGACAAAGGUUAGAAGGCAAGAGGGCCGGUGGAGAGGUCAACCCAGAGGGCGCAAUCAAGUGGAGUGUCAUCGACCGAUGGCCCACGCAUCCAGGGCUGGUGGAAGCCUUUGCGCAAAACAUCGAGAAGACGCUUCAAGAGUACCCGCCAGAGCGAAGAGAUAACGUCGUUCUUCUCUACUCGGCGCAUAGUUUACCCAUGACCGUAGUUAACCGUGGCGACCCGUACCCGCAGGAAGUGGCAGCUACGGUGCACGCUGUGAAUCAGCGACUAGGCAUGAAGUACAAGUACCGACUUGUCUGGCAAUCACAAGUCGGACCGCAGCCCUGGCUUGGAGCGCAGACAUCGGACACGGUCAAGAACCUGAUGAAGAAGGGCAACACCGACCUCAUCCUAAUUCCGAUUGCCUUCACGAGCGACCAUAUCGAGACACUGUAUGAAUUGGACAAGGAGGUCAUUGGCGAAGAUGCGGAGGGUCAUGAGGGCGUAAAGCGCGUGGAGAGCCUGAAUGGCAACCCUAUCUUCAUCCAGGGUCUUGCUGAUAUUGCAAAGGCUCACCUGCACGCCGGAGUCGCUUGCAGCAACCAAAUGACGUUGAGAUGUCCCGGGUGUGUGAGCGAACGGUGCUUGGGCUCGAAGGAGUUCUUUGCUGGCCAGAACAAGCUCCUCGAGCCUCUAGCUGCGUGAGGGUGACAGCUUGGCUAUAAGGGGGACUAAUGUACGUUACUGUAUAGCAUGGCGUGGAAAUCAAAAGGCGUAG